ACGGCGCGCGGGGCGCCUUCAGCAUCUCUCCUCCUCCGCCUGCUGCUCCUCCUCGCUGACACGCGCGUGAUGGGGCGCACCUUCCGCGAGCAGCUCUGCUUCCUGCUGCUGAGCGUGUCCGUCCUCCGGGGUUGCUGCCGGGACCUGGAGAACAACGAAAUCUCCGAUGAGUUCUAUUCGCUGUUCAACCCCGAACCCCGGCGGGACCCACCAGAUGCGUUCGUGUACCGCAGACCUUUGCGCUGCAUGGACAUGGUGGCGGUGGAGGGUCAGUUCACCUUCACUGCAGAGACCCCCCACUUGAGCUGUGCCACCUUCCUCAUGGCCGAGCCCAGCGAGCUGAUCAGCGUGGAAUUCGGCAGAGUGGACAUCGACUGCAGCGGAGGAGACUUCAUCACUGUGUUUGACGGGUGGGUGAUGAAAGGGGAGAAGUUCCCCAGCUCCCAGGAUCACCCGCUGCCUCUGUACGAGCGCUACGUGGAUUACUGUGACUCCGCGCCCGCCAGGAGGAGCGUGCGCUCCUCCCAGAACGUGGCCAUGGUUUUCUUCAGAGUCCACAGCGCCGGCAGCAGCUUCACCCUGACGGUCAGGAAACACGUCAACCUCUUCCCCUGCAAUGCCAUCUCACAGUCACCAGAGGGCAGUUACACGAUGGUGAUCCCGCAGCAGCGCAGAAACUGCAGCUUCUCCAUCCUCUACCCCGUGGCCAUAGACAUCUCUGAGUACAGGCUGGGACGACACAGCAGCUUCCCCAAGAGGAUCAUGCCUGGAUGUACAGAGUCGGAGGAUUUCGUGCAGCUGCUGGGAGGAAACGGCAUCGACACGUCUAAACUUCUCCCCAUCACAGACAUCUGCACCUCCUUCACUGGACCCACCCACAUGAAGAUCGGCUGCGACAACACUGUGGUGAGGAUGGUGUCCAGCGGGAGCUUCGUCAGCCGGGUGUCAUUCAGCUACAGGGCGUUGGACAGCCAGGAGCUGCAGACCAUCAAGCUCAACAACGUGGAAGAUUUCUGUUUCAACAACUGAUGCCGGCUCACGACUUAAGCCGCAGAAGCACCCAAAGACACUCAAAGAGUAGAAACGAUGAGCAUCUUCAUCCUCGGUUUGUGUUUCCAUCCUCUGUCGGCCUCACUGAAGUGUCCUUUUGUUUGUUGUUGUUUUUCCUCAUGCUCUGUACAUAUUGUGUGUGUCGUGGGAUCCCUUCUGGCUUUGUAAAGCAUCCCUGGUGGAGGUCGGUGAGGAAGACGGGAUCAGCAGAGUCAUGGGUAAAAGGGCAUUUAGAGACAGACAUGGUGCCAUUAUGCAGUCCACUUUGAUAAUAGGAAGACAUUUUUGUAAUAAAAUCAUACAGCAUGGCAACACA